CGGGCUCACUGAUCAAAAUCGAUGGAAAUUUAUGCACGCCUCAAAAUUGACGUUUCAUUCAGAAAAACGUAAAAUGGAACAGUCAGAAAUUGUCGGAGAAGAAAUUGGAGAGCCUCGACUUCGUUAAACGACGUCGUUUCAACGCACCCGACACUUCCGGGCUUAAUUAAUAAACGUAACGAGAGACAAUGAGCAAGGAUGCACACCGACCAAGAAGGAGCAUCAGAGAUGGAUGAGGAUUUUUGCACCGCCCUGAAGCUCCUCCGCUCAUCGGAGGACGACAGCACCUUAAAGCUCCUGAAGAUGCUGGACGCCUCGAUCGAGAAACGAUAUGGUCCGAGCAGGACCUUGAUACCAAGGAUGUCCCUUGAUUUUUUGCAGGGCUCUGGGACCUGCAAGGAGUCCCUAAAAAAAUCGCCGAUCCCCAGGACAAGGCAAGUCAGCGACCAGAAAAUGGAGAAAUCUCCGGACAACUCGUCGAGUCUUUACCUGGACCUCUUCUCGGAUUCCGUCGCGACCGAGUCCUGCAAGUCCAUGAGGAUCAUAAGGAUCGUCAGCUCGGGAGAUAAAGAAGACAUCCCCAGGAUCUCGAUUCCUGACGAGGGACCUGGCGACGAGGCGCUCUGCAAGGUGUGCAACGGUUCUAAGCUGGGUCCUUUGAUUCUACUGGAGUGUCAAGAUUGUCAAGAGGUGUAUCAUCCCCUCUGUCACCAGCCACCUGUGCUGGACAUCGACACGUAUGACCCACGACUGGUCUGGCGAUGCUCGACGUGUACAGAGCCUUCUGUCGCGAUGGAGACGUCGGCUGCGGACAUACGAAUUAAAUUUAGCCGAGAGGAAGCCGAGCCGGUCUUCGAGGCUUCCUCGAAGAGCAGAGCUUUGGAGCUGUUCGGCUAUUCCAGGAGCAACGAGCCCAAACCGGCUGGUAGAAAUCCACCUCGAUCAUCGACGAGUCGUCGCGAGGCGAAGAAAAGUCUAACGAGAGCGUCGACGAAUCCGAGUCACCGCGAAGGCCCGACGUCGAAAAUCGCCCGGUUGCGGAAACGCACCGCUCUGAAACUGACCUCGUCCAAGUGAGUCCGGCCAGAACGUCGAGCCACCGUCACCGUCGUUCCCAAAGGUCGCGGAGUUUCCCAUGAAAAUGACCACGAGGCAGCGGCUUCGGGGAAAAAAAAA